AUGGACUCAACAGAGCCGGGGUUACCCCCGGCUCCUGAGAGCAGGAAGAGGUACAGUGACAUCUUCCGAAGCCUGGACAACCUCGAGAUCUCACUGGGGAACGUGACUCUUGAGAUGCUGGCUGGAGACCCUGUGAUUUCAGGAGACCUGGAACCUGACAAGAAACCCACAGCCACUUUGACCAGUGAAACCAGCCGCUGGAGUGGCCCCUCCCCAGAGGAUCCUGCACCCCUUACAGGGGAGGAACUGGACUUGCGGCUCAUCCGAACCAAGGGAGGCGUGGAUGCAGCCCUGGAGUACGCCAAGACCUGGAGCCGCUACGUCAAGGAGCUGCUGGCCUGGACUGAGAAGAGAGCCAGCUAUGAGCUGGAGUUUGCCAAAAGCAUUAUGAAGAUUGCCGAGGCUGGCAAGGUGUCAAUCCAGCAGCAGAGCCAAAUGUCACUGCAAUAUAUCUACCUCCUGUUUCUGGAGCACGACCUCAGCCUAGCAACCCUGGCCAUGGAGACACUGGCCCAGCAGAAAAGGGACUAUUACCAGCCCUUGGCUGCCAAACGGACUGAGAUUGAGAAGUGGCGGAAGGAGUUCAAGGAGCAGUGGAUGAAGGAGCAGAAACGCAUGAACGAGGCGGUGCAGGCGCUGCGGCGGGCCCAGCUCCAGUACAUGCAGCGCAGCGAGGAGCUGCGGGUUCGCUCCCAGGUGUCGCCUGAAGACCUGGCUCUCCAGGCCUCACCAGGCCCCAACAAACAUCAGGAGCGGCGGCGGCGCUCUCGAGAAGAGGCCCAGGCCAAGGCGCAGGAGGCCGAAGCGCUGUACCAGGCCUGCGUCAGAGAGGCCAACGCGCGGCAACAGGAACUGGAGGCCGCCAAGCAGCGGAUCGUGUCACACGUGCGCAAACUGGUGCUGCAGGGGGACGAAGUGCUGAGGCGGGUGACCCUGGGAUUGUUCGGGCUUCGAGAGGCUCAGGCAGAGCGGGCCCCGCGCGCCUUCGCCGCCCUGGCCGAGUGCUGCCUUCCGUUCGAGCCUGGCCAGCGAUACCAAGAGUUCGUGAGGGCCAUACAGCCCCACUCCCCACCGCCCCCACCACCCGCCUAUUCUUUCCAGGAGUUCACGCACAGUUCCCCUCUGGACACAAGAAAGAAGCUCUCUGGAGCACCCCCUCCACAGCUGGAGGAGAGUGCAGCUGAGCCAGGCCCUUGGGAGGACACAGGCACAGGCUGCCAGGGAGCUCCGGGCCCCACUGUGGGCAGCGAUGUGGACGGUGUGGGUGGUGGCAGCGAGCCUCGUUCCCAGGACUCUCCCACCUCCAGUCCAGGCUCCGGCACAAGGCGGCUGGUAAAAGUGUCAUCCAUAGGCACCGAGUCUUCAGAUGACUUCGAGGAGCGAGACCCUGACCUGGGAGAUGGGCUGGAGAACGGGCCAGGGACCCCCUUCAGGAAGUGGACACUAUCGAGCGCGGCCCAGACCCACCGGCUGCGGCGGCUGCGGGGCCCAGCCAAGUGCCGAGAGUGUGAGGCUUUCAUGGUCAGCGGGACAGAGUGCGAGGAGUGCUUUCUGGCCUGCCACAAGCGCUGCCUCGAGACCCUACUGAUCCUCUGUGGACAUAAGCGGCUACCAGCCCGGACUCCCCUCUUUGGGGUCAGCUUCCUGCAGCUGCCCAGGGACUUCCCAGAGGAGGUGCCUUUUGUGAUCACCAGGUGCACGGCCGAGAUAGAACAGCGCGCGCUCCAUGUGCAGGGCAUUUAUCGGGUCAGCGGGUCCAGGGUCCGCGUGGAACGGCUGUGCCAGGCUUUUGAGAAUGGCCGAGCAUUGGUUGACCUGUCAGGGAACUCACCUCAUGAUGUCUCGAGUGUUCUCAAGCGAUUCCUCCAGGAGCUCACUGACCCCGUGAUCCCCUUCCACCUCUACGAUGCCUUCAUCUCUCUGGCUAAGACCCUGCAUGCAGACCCUGUGCACGACCCUGGGACCCCCAGCCCCAGCCCUGAGGUUAUCCGCUCGCUGAAGACCCUCUUGGUGCAGCUGCCCGACUCUAACUACAGCACCCUGCGGCACCUGGUGGCCCAUCUGUUCAGGGUGGCUGCACAGUUUGAGGACAACAAGAUGUCUGCCAACAACCUGGGCAUUGUAUUUGGGCCGACGCUGUUGCGGCUGCCCGACGGUCCAGGGCCAGCCGGUGCCGGACCCGUCACCUGCCUGCUGGAUUCCGCACACCAGGCUCAGCUCGUCGAGUUCCUCAUUGUGCACUAUGAGCAGAUCUUCGGGCCCGACGAGCUCCUCCUGCCCACUGAGCCCCUGCCCCAAGAACCCAGCCCACCCCCUGUGACCCUCCCAGCUAGCCUCCAGCCACCACACUUACAACUUGUCCUGGACCCCCUGCCCUUAUCCCUAGCCUCAGACCAGGACCCAGACGCCAUGCUCCUUAGUGCUCUGGAGAAGCAUCCCGAGGCCACGCUCCCAGAGAUUUCAACUCUGCAGAGUGAGCAGGAAGAGGAAAUAACCGAAGACGUCAAAAAUGAGGGAGGGGAAGUGCCCAGCCAAGGGCCUGAGGACUCACCCCUGGGGACACAGCCCCGUGGCCACUUCAGCCGCCAGCCAGUGAAGUAUCCCCGGGGAGGUGUGCGGCCUGUCACCCACCAGCUGUCCGGCUUGGCCCUGGUGGCUUCCAAAUUGUCCGAGGAGACCCCCGUCACAUCAGUGCCCCAAGGGAGCUUGCAGAGGCGAGGACCCAGCCCUGCCGCUACCACCCGUGAGGACAGCCCUCUGCGCCGCACCCCUCUGCCCAAGCAUUUUGAGAUCACCCAGGAGACAGCCAGGCUACUCUCCAAGCUGCACAGCGAGUCUGUGCCCACGGCUACCUGCUACCCAGACCCCCAAACUGAGGAAGCUGAGGACCACUUCUGACUAUUCCAGCGCUCUGAUCAAGAAGGCCAGGACUGAGAAGAUGGGCCCAACUUCCCAGGAGUUAAAUGUUGGGGUGUCUGGAGAGUUGCUCUGAGGAAAGACUACAUGGCCUAGCAGAGAACUAAAACCCUUUUGGCGGUACCAGGAUACCCUCUACAAGACACAGGUCAAUGUCAAGCAUCAGGGCCACUCAGGUUCAGAGGUCACUCAGGGUCAGUAUAGGUCACAGGAUCCUUGAGACAGGGGUGCUUUUUGCUACUUUGGUUGUGGCCACUCCCCCAUCUCUGUCUCCUUAGCUGAUCCCAAGUGACCAGAUCUUGGAGGGUGUGGCAACUCAGACUCAGCAUCCUGGUGGUGCCUGCG